CAAUGCAGGGGGAAUGCUGGGCUGGAUGGGAGCUGGGAAAGGUGCCCUGGGGGUUUAAAGCCAGAGUGAGAGCUGGGACUCUUAUGGCAGGGCACUGUCCUCUGGGCUGGGGGAAGAGGUGCUUGGAGCUCUCAGCGUGGCAGGUGCCCAAAGAGGCUUUGGGGACAUUGCAGGUGUCGCCAGCCCAUUGCUCCCUCCCAGCCAGACAUGCUGAGCCCUCUUUCUUCCACCAGGCCAUGUAUUUAACUGUGGCCUUCAUCCUGGCCCUGUUAGCCACCUGUGCUGAGAUGAAGGUGAAUCUAAAAAUUGAAAAGGAUGAAGUUAAACAGCUGCUGGAGCAUGAGGAAUAUUUACACCAAGAGAUGAUUCAGCUCCUGCAGGAGAUUGAGGGGAGCACUGGCACCAUGGAAGCCCUGCUCUGCUCUGCGCUGGAAAAGCAGUGGCUUCUUUGGGUCAGUGCAGCAGUCCUGGUUCAGGUUCUUGCUAUGGGCUGCUGGCUGGUCAGAACAAGAAAGCGUGGCUCUGCCAUCAGGAGGAGGCAGGAGGGAUCCAGCAGGAAGGAGAAGCAGGGCCUGCCCAGCACAAAGGUGCUGCAGGAGCUGGUGGAAGAGCUCCUCGGCGUCUGCCAAGUGCUGUCCCGGAGGAGCUUCAUGCCGGAGCUGCAUCCAGCCGCCGGGAUGGACACCAGCCCCACCUGCAGCGUCCAGGAGAGCAGCAUCACCUACCGCACGCCGGUCAUCCUGCAGCCACCGCCCGGCCACUCCUUCAGCACGGAGAGCAGGAAAUGGCCGCCAGGCGAGUGCAUCCGCGUGGGGCUGGAGUGCCUGUGCUCCGGGGAGCAGCUGCUGGGGCACACGUGCUUUCUCCACGCCUCUGGUGGCCAGCUGCCCAGAGACCAGGAGUGGUACCUGAUGGACACCCUCUGCACGGGCUCCUACUUGGACCCAGAGAAAGUCACCCACUGGGUGCAAAUGUUGGUGGCGUCGGCCUGGCUGCUCCUGCCGCACUCGCGCCAUUUCCAGCUGACGGCGCUGCCCUGCGGCAAGUCCUGCAGGUUCCGGCUGAGCGGCGCCUCUGGCCUGCACUGCAGCAUCGAGAUGGUUCUGGCCGUGCAGCAAGGCAGCUCCUGUGCCUGCCUGAGCCUUGAGCAGGCAGCAGCCGGCUCUGCCAGCAGCACCGUGCAGGCCACAGAGCUGCCACCUCUCUGACUCACUGCCACGAUGGCUGUGCUACUGAGGUGACAGCACUGCAACCAAAAAGGAAUUGAGGAAGUUGAAGUCAAUCAUUCCUCAUGGGACAUUUUUUGUGUUCUGCUGGGAUUCUUUAGUUCCUUUAUGUUAUAAAUGAAAAUUUAUUCAGCUGAAUUAAAAAACAAAACAGUU